AUCCAGAGAAGCACAUUUCACCCUCCUCCUUCAGAGCGGGACGAGCAGCGAGUGAGAAACAUCCUGGAGUCCCUCAGUCCACAGACCGCAGACAACAUCCAGUGUCCUUCAGUGGAGGUUCAGUCACACGUCAGCUCUGCAAACAGCGUCUGUCUGUAGCACCACAUUUAUUCUCUAAGAAACAACCUAGAAAUUCUCAUUCAAAGAACACACAGCUUCAAAAACUCUGCAGGUUUUCUGAUUCUGUUUUGUCAGCGUUUCAUAACAUUUUUGUUCUGUCGUCUGUCUCUGUUCACAGAUUUGUCAGUUUUACAUAUGGUAAUGUUGUUUUAAAAGCCUGAAUGUUUUCGGUUUUCACUGAGUUAAAAUAAUCUGAGGUGAUCGGUAAAUCAUAAUAUGCAUUGCAAAAAUAUGUAAUUUUUUUUAUUAAUCACAUCUUAUAACCAAGAGUCUUUGUAUUAUUCCUUUAAUAUGUGUAUCUAACAUUUGACCUUAUGAUUUAAAUUGAUUUAUCAAAUAUUAAUACAUUAAAGUAAAGAUUAAAAAAUGUAAAGUAUUUGAAAUAAUUUACUUCUUAUGCAUAUUUAAAAUAACUGAUGUGUUGUUUUUAUUGUGUUAUUAUCUUUAAAUGCUAAAUCUAGUGUUUCUAAUGUUAAAUCUAGUGUUUUUAAUGUUAAAUCUAGUGUUUUUAAUGUUAAAUCUAGUGUUUCUAAUGUUAAAUCUAGUGUUUUUAAUGUUAAAUCUAGUGUUUUUAAUGUUAAAUCUAGUGUUUCUAAUGUUAAAUCUAGUGUUUCUAAUGUUAAAUCUAGUGUUUCUAAUGUUAAAUGUAGUAUUUUUAAUGUUAAAUCUAGUGUUUUUAAUGUUAAAUCUAGUGUUUUUAAUGUUAAAUCUAGUAUUUUUAAUGUUAAAUCUAGUGUUUUUAAUGUUAAAUCUAGUGUUUUUAAUGUUAAAUCUAGUGUUUUUAAUGUUAAAUCUAGUGUUUCUAAUGUUAAAUCUAGUGUUUUUAAUGUUAAAUCUAGUAUUUCUAAUGUUAAAUCCAGUAUUUUUAAUGUUAAAUCCAGUUUGUUGUGGUUGAGGCGGAACCUUCGUUGGUGCGCACCUCUCUGUGUGCUCAUCACUAAACGGUCCGUGUAGAAACAUCCUCUCGUGCGGAUGACUCGGUGUCAUUCGUUCAGAGCCGGUGUCAUUCGUUCAGAGCCGGUUGGUCGUGGCGUUGGAGGAGCCGUGAGAGCCGUGAGAGCCGUGUGUAAACGCACCUUCACCUCGGGCUCGUUUUCAGCGGAAGGUUCUGGACAAAGUGACUGUCCCGGUCACACGCACCGCCCCGCUGACCCUGAAACGGUCCAAGAGGAGGAAGAAGCAGAAGCUGAAGCUCAGAGGAGGAAGAAGCUGAGAGCAGGCUGUCCGCAGAUCUGUUUUCUCUACAACGCGAGGCGUGCUUCUCUACCUCUGCCCUCUGACCAUGCACAGCGUCGUGGCGAUGCUCUUGGCUCUGGCCGCCGCCGCCUUCGGGUCGGUGGACACGGACGUGCACAGACCGAGACACGACUCGAACCUGGAGAUCUACAAGCGGCUGUUUGAGACCAAGAGGAAAGACCAGCUGAACGCUCUGAAGAACCUCGUGGAGCUCAACGACAUCAACCAGCAGUACAAGAUUAUCGACAUCAUGCUCAAAGGGCUUUUUAAGGUCUUGGAAGACUCGCGGCAGGUGCUCGUCGCGGCGAACAUGCAGCCCGACGACCCGUUCCCCAUGGACGACAAGAUCAAAGAAGCUUACUCUCAUGUGGUGGAGAAUACGGCCUUUUUUGGAGAUGUUGCGUUAAGAUUCCCACGGAUCGUUCACCAUUACUACGACCGCAACGCCGACUGGGGCGGGCUGCUGCGAUGGGGGCUGAACUUCUGUAAUCAGACGGGCGUGUUCACUGGAGGAGCUCACCAACAUGUUCUGACACUCAUGUCACAGGAAUUGGGAAUAACAGAGAAAGCUCCAGACUUCACAAACCCGUAUCGGACAGAGAGAGAUGAUGUGCUUCACACCGCUGAAGCUUUCCAGAAAAUCCUCAGAGAAGAGGAGAAGAGGAGACGGAAGGAAGAGAAGAGGAAAGAAAUCAGGAAAGGCCCCCGCAUCUCUCGCUCGCGCUCUGAGCUAUAGCCCCGCUCUCACACACACACAGAGCCAGUGAAAAACCUGGACUGGAGGAAACGCACAGUCCAGAAGAGCCGGUUUGACACACAGACUCUAACGACAGAGAGGGGAGCUGUCAUCACUCGCACAAACGCCAGGUGCUCUUUUAAAAACUGACGAGAAACCCUCAUUGUGACAAAACCGGGGAAGAGGGUGUCGAGGUUAGUCAUUUUGGACAAAAGCCUGAAUCGCUGAACUCCCACUUUCGUUUUGAGAAUCCAACCGGAGCCGCCCACAGAACAUCACUGCAGAAGGAGCUAAUGAGGGAAACACAUUUUUGAUAAAGAUUACAUAAUUGUGCUUUUGAACAUGACUCAGUUAAGUAAAAAUAAAUUUGAAUCCAUAUUUUUGCAAUUAUCAUUUUGUGUUUUGUAGAUUGAAGCAGAGCUGUUCUUUUCUGUGGUUUGUCUUUAGAAUUACAGUUAUUGAUGGAGAAAUGUACUCAUCGGUCCAAAGGCUCUGUAGCACUUUGUUGUUGUUGUUUUAAAUCGUUUUGUUUAAUAUUUUUUAGAUAUCCCUCGUGCUGUGUGUUUUUAAUUACUAAUUACACACAAUUUACAAAGUUAUAGGCCUACAGUUUGUGACUUUCACCAUUUGUUGUUUACGUAAUCCUUAAAAUAAUAUUUCAUAUCUGAAAAGUAAUUCUAUUAAAGCGUAUGUAAUGAAAAUAUUCUGACUGUUAUGAGAUUAUAUGUAUAGUCUAUCAUUCAAACAAAGGGACAGUUUGCUGCAAUGAACAAGCCAUCGGAUUUAUUGAAAUAAAAUUACUAUCUGAAGUCU